GGCACCAAAGGGGCGACAUUUUAACGCCGCGCCGGAUGCUUCGAGCACUUUCUUUUCUCUUUUCCGCGCUCUUCUCGCGCUCCUUUUUCCUCCCCCCCCCUGACCCCUAACGCUGCCGCUCAAGGUAACUUAGAGCAGGAAGUUGGGGAAAGGGGGCGGGGCGGAUAGCGGGGAGGGGAGUGACUGACGUGCUCGGCCGGCCAAUGAGAACGCGGGGCUACGCGAUCUCAUUGGCCGAGAGGUGGGGCCGGGGUGGCACGUAGCAGGCUAGAUUGAUUGCUGGGGAAGCGUUAAAGGCAAAGCGGUUCGCGUCGGGAGUCGGACUGUGACCGUCCUGUCGAACCUUCCUCCUUUUCUUUUCUCUUAUUCUUUUUUUUUUUUUAAUCUUGGGGGAGGGGGGGGUCAUCACAGAAAAGACGGUGGAAGGUUAAAGGAGAUAGUUUUUUUUGUUUUUUUUCCUCCUCACCCACCCCACGGCGGACCGGAGCGAGCGUCGCUUUUUUUUUGUGCGUGCGUGUGUGUGUGUGAAGGAAGUUGGUACCGCAAGGAGACUCGAACGGCGUCCCGUCCCCGCAGCGCUCCAUCAGCCAGCCACCAUGAAGGGCACGGGGCUUUCUAGACCAUGUCCGCGGAUUCGUUCGGCGCCGGCGGCAGCGAUGCCCAGCAGACCCUUCAGUCCUUCUGGCCUCGCGUCAUGGAAGAGAUCCGGAACCUGACUUUGAAGGACUUCCGCGUGCAGGAGUUGCCUCUGGCCCGAAUCAAGAAAAUCAUGAAGCUGGACGAAGACGUGAAGAUGAUCAGCGCCGAGGCUCCCGUGCUGUUCGCCAAGGCGGCGCAGAUCUUUAUCACGGAGCUCACCCUCCGAGCGUGGAUCCACACGGAGGACAACAAGCGACGCACGCUACAGCGGAACGACAUCGCCAUGGCGAUAACCAAGUUCGACCAGUUCGACUUCCUCAUCGACAUCGUCCCCCGAGAUGACCUGAAGCCCCCGAAGCGACAGGAGGAGAUGCGUCAGACGGUGGCCCCGGCGGAGCCCGUGCAGUACUACUUCACGCUGGCGCAGCAGCCCGGCGCCGUGCAGGUGCAGGGGGCGCAGCAGGGCCAGCAGGCCGGCGCGCAGACGGCCGCCACCAUCCAGCCCGGCCAGAUCAUCAUCGCGCAGCCGCAGCAGGGGCAGAGCGCCCCCGUGGCCAUGCAGGUGGGCGACCAGCAGGUCCAGAUCGUCCAGGCGGCGGGGGGGCAAGCGCAGGCGGCCCAGGCCCCCGGCCAGACCAUGCAGGUCAUGCAGCAGAUCAUCACCAACACGGGCGAGAUCCAGCAGAUCCCGGUGCAGCUCAACACGGGCCAGCUGCAGUACAUCCGCCUGGCGCAGCCCGUCUCGGGCGCCCAGGUGGUCCAAGGGCAGAUCCAGACCCUCGCCAACACCCAGCAGGUGGGCGCCGUCUCGCGUCGCGCGGCGGGUCUGCUGUUCAACGGCGGCGCCUUUCUCACCCGAUGGCGUUCUUGCUUCUUCCAGAUCACGCAGACCGAAGUGCAACCGGGACAGCAGCAGUUCAACCAGUUCACCGACGGGCAGCAGUUGUACCAGAUCCAGCAGGUGACGGUUCCCGCCGGCCAGGACCUGAGCCAGCCCAUGUUCAUUCAGUCCACCAGCCAGACGGGAGAAACGCAAGUCACUCAAGUCACCACCGACUGAGCUCCACCGAGCGUCCCCCCCCCGCUUGCCGUUGCCGGUUUUGUCGUCGUCGUUGUUUGUUCCCUUCCCCGCCGCUCAGUCGUUAGCGUUUUUAUACAUUUUUGAUACGCUCUCUGCCGCCAUUUUGUCUCCUCGUCGUCGUCGGACAGAAGUCGCCUCGUACCUGGCGCGCGCACACAUGUGGAUGAGGAGGAGCUUCAGCGAUCCGGAUCAACGUGCCGUUUAUCCCCCCCCCCUUAUUUGAAUCCAACCGCCCUCCUUUCCCCCGAUGGCGCUUUCGUUCUUGUGUGCACGCGUGCAACGAUAGGUACAAUUUUUAUUUUUGUGAUGUUUUGUAAGCAAAUUUUGUUGGUGAAAAAAAAAAAAAUUAAAUGGAGUAAAAAA